AUGCAGAUUCGGCGCCUGGGUCUCGCAGCAUGCUUCAACGCUUGCUUCGCACCUGGGCUGGCCCAGGCGGCAGCCCCUGUGGUGGACGGCAAACUCUGCGGCAAGGCAUGUCGCCAGACCUUUCGGACGGUACGUUUCUCAGACGCUCCUGACGGAGCCUACUUUCAAUUGCAAGAGUGUAGCAGCCUUCUGCACCAGCAAGCGCUUUAUCUCUGCUGGGAUCUUCACUGCCUCGAGGAGGUCCGACUUGCCGAGGCAACGAUCCUGAAUGAGACAUGUAUUGAGAUCUGGGGCGCGUAUAUCCCACCGCACGAUGUUGUGGACGGAUUUGAUGAUGGCGACAUAGCCCAGUUUGCAAGGUUCGACGAGAGCCUGGACCGUAUGCACAGUGUGGAUGAGGUGGUGCUGCCAACACAGGUGUGGACGGGUAUUAUGUCGUUUGCCAACUUCCCCAUCAUUUGGCUCUUUGGUAUGAGGAAUAAUGUUGUCAUAUGGCUCACUGGAUGGCACUUUGGGACAUACAACAAUUUUCACCGCUGGGUAGCGCGGGUCGCUACUUUUCAAGCUGUCGUCCACUCGAUAGGAUAUACUAUUCUAAUCUUACGGAAGGGUGGAACCGAUUACUUUUGGCAGAUGUGCAAAAUGUUGUACUGGUGGACUGGGGAGCUGGUCAGUUAUCAGACCAUCGACUCCUCUACCUUGAUGCUGAUCUUGACACAGGCCACCAUCUUCAUGAGCUUGCUAAUUGGCUUCUCAAUGCUUUGGAUAAGACGCAGACAAUACGAGAUCUUCCUUAUUGUUCAUAUUGUGUUCUCUGCCCUGGUUCUCCUCACAAUGCUAGGGCACGUCUCAAUAUUCAAAGGCGCUUACGAUCCUCUCUGGUAUAUUCCAGCUUGUAUCUGGCUUUUUGACCGGAUAGUUCGUGGCCUUCGAGUUGUGGCCUUCAGCCCGCGUUUCUGGAGCGCAACUGCCCAGAUAACAUACAACGGGGACGCCCACAUGGUCCGUCUCGUCGUUCCAGUAUCCCUAAGUUUUUAUCGCAUUGAGCCCGGAACCUUCUAUUACCUUAUGGUGCUCAACAAGUGGAAUUUCUGGGAGAGUCACCCCUUCACGGUAGCAUCGGUGUCUAGAGGCGCUCACUACGAUGUGGAAUCGGGAGACGAGACAUCGCCCCUGCUACGCCAUGGGCCUAAUUGCUCGGACUCCAUCGUGGAAGAUUCAGAGAAAUGUACUCAAGAAAUGACGUUCCUGAUUCGACCUUAUGAGAGCUUUACGUCACGGCUAAAGGGGUACGCAGAAGAAAGGCACCCUGAGCCAGCUAGGGUGAGGAUUGCGGUCGACGGGCCGUACGGAGAGACUUUGCCUCUGAAACACUUCAGCAAGGUAGUCUUCUUGGUCGGUGGUAGCGGUAUCGCGGUUCCGCUGUCGUACUUACAGCAACUUACCACAUCCUCACCGCUGCCAAGGUUAAUCCAGAUUCACUGGACCAUCCGGCAGCCGGCACUGGCCGUCGAUGUGCUCAACCGCGAACUUAACGACGCUCUCAAUUGCGAUCGAGUGAAGAUAUUCGUGUAUGUCACAGGGGCUGACGGCAGUGAAAGGAGUGACGAUGCUAUCUUCCGCCUCGCAGAGUGGAAGUCCACGCGGAUGAAAGUCGAAGAAGUCCUUGACGCAGCACUAGAUGUCGCUCAAGAUGGCAGUCUAGCGGUCGUUGCGAGUGGUCCAGGCAAGAUGGCGGAUGAUACUAGAAGAGCGGUGGCGGCGAGGAUAGUGCAUACUUUGCCGCGUAUAGAGUACUUUGAAGAGAGCUUUCAGUGGUGA